AUGUCCUUCAUCACCACUUUCGACCCAGACUACCAUGCCGGUCUCAAUGUCCAGCUCUCCUGCUUUGACCAGCUCACGCAUGACCAAACGAGACGAUGCGAUGACUUGAUUGUCAAACUCGGCCGCCUCAACAUGACGCGCGACGUCCCUGGCGAUGCUACUCGCAAGGGCCUGUGGGAUAGAGUCUUCUGGGGUUGGAAUACCGAUAUGAAGAUUCCGCCUCCAUACCCCAAGCAGCGCGACCGUGUUUGCGAGUUCUCGCAGGUCGGUAUCGGCUAUUUGGCUGUGGACCUGCCAGGCAGGCAAGGUGUUGGAUUCAGCACUUCAACUUUCUUGAUUGAUGUCUCCUCCUUGUUCUUUUUGGUCCUGCCAGAGGGCCUCUAUUAUAGUUUAGACAAGAACGGCACCGACGUGCCUCAGGCGUGCGUGGUUGUCAGCUCCACGUCUACCUUGGAGCAAGACCAGACCUUCGUUUCGGCCAGGUGGAACAGUCAGGAGGCCGACCGCGUCCGGCCUUGGACUAUCGGCCUCGCUGUCGUCUGGGCCCGCCACCGACUCGUCGAUUCGGUGGAAGCGGGCGAAUGCCGGGCCGGCACCCCUGCGUCAACAUACCAAGGGGACAAGUCCCAGCUGCACGCGCGUAUUCCCGAGAACCACGAGUGUCUGGUGCAACUGCGCCAGAUCUCGACCCCGCUGAACGGUUUGGCGGCCUCGAGUCAGCCCAUCGUGCAAUCCUACUCACUCAGGCGCACCAUCUAA